AUGGCUUAUCUUUUAUUGUAUGUCGACGUUAUUACUUUAACUGCUUUCUCUGAUGUGCUCCGUCAGUCUAUCAUGUCGCUUCUUCGCUCCAAAUUUGCUAUGAAGGAUUUGGGCCCACUGAGUUAUUACUCGGGCAUUGUUGUCACUCUUCAUAUAAGUGGUUUAUUUUUAUCUCAAAGGAAGUAUGUGGCCAAGAUCAUUGACCGAGUUGGCAUGUCAUCAUGUAAGCCAUCUCCUACUCGAAUUUCUCUAAAAUUGAAGCUCGGGUCUACUACGAGCAUAUCGUUUGAGGAUCCAUCUCUUUAUCAGAGUCUUGCAGGGGCACUACAAUACCUCACAUUCACGAGACCGGAUAUUAGUUAUGUUGUGCAGCAUGUAUGUUUAUUCAUAUAUGACCCAUGGGAUGAGCACAUGAACGCUCUCAAGCGCAUCGUGCUCUACCUACAAGGUACUUUGGAUUAUGGUUUUCACCUUUACCCCUCUUCCACAACCAUUCUUAUCUCAUAUACUGAUGUUGAUUGGGGUGGGUGCCCCGAUACACGACGUUCGACUUCGAGUUAUUGUGUCUUUAUGGGUGAUAACUUGAUCUCAUGGUCUGCCAAACGUCAAGCUACUUUGUCCCGUUCGAGUGCAGAGCCAAAAUACAGAGGGAUUGCCAAUGUGGUUUCUGAGUCGUGUUGGUUGCGAAACUUGCUUUUGGAACUUCAUUGUCCUAUUCCAUGGGCUACUUUAGUUUAUUGUGAUAAUUUAGUGCCAUUUAUCUGGCUGAUUGCAGAUAUCUUCACCAAAGGCCUUCCAUUGGUGUUAUUUGAGGAUUUUCGGGACAGUCUUAGCAUUCGGCGACCUCUCGCUUCGACUGCGGGGUGUCUUUUCUUGAGCUUGAUGGUUGCAAUUGAUUUAGAGUUUAAGAAGAGGAAAAUAAUGAAGAAAAGGAUGAAAAGGACCCACAAACGUGUAGUUUUUGAUUAA